AUGGUUCGCCUCAAACUAGAACCACAGUUCUUAUCGCCCUGGACUCAACGCUUGGCAGACCGAUACCUCAGAAAGGGCACCUUGCAUGUUCCCGUCUUGGGAGUCGAAGAAGAGGUGUCCCUGUUGGAUACAUCGAUACCGGAACAUGCAAAUCUUGCAGUACCUCUCGAGCCCCAGAAGUUAGAACGUCGAAAGAAGAAUUUGAAUUCUAGACUAUUACAACUCCCACGCGAGUUGUUGAUCCAUGUUAUUUCCUUUCUACCGGAACCUUCCUGCUACAUGGUUCAUCAAACUUGUCGGGUCCUUCGUGGACUGACCGAAACCUGUCCGUUUCAAGAUUUUUGCCGGAAAAUAAUGCACCGCGAAGAGCCUUUCCACAUCGACAACGCUCUAGACUUACCGCUACGGGAUAUAAAGUACCGCGAAGAGACUUUUUACAUCGACAACGCUCUAUGCGGACAGCUACGUGAUAUAAAGCAGAUUUUUCUACGAAGAUCCUUGUGCAUACCAUGUGGCAGGCUUUUUGACUCGGGCGAAUUGGAGGAAAGAAUGAAGAAGCUCUGGCUACCAGUCUAUUGCACCGAAUGCCACACCGAUCACCCAGAACUAGUUUUCCCCCAAGGGGGCAGAACAUAUAAUAUUUGCGUGGGACUACUGGGUGAAUUUGCCCCCUGCAAGCACCUUAAAGUCUCAGGCAAAGCCCAGGCAGAUAAAAGAGGGGAUGUUGAUAUUGUAUGCUUACACCCGGACCACUUUCCUGCGGGAACAGUGGACUCUAAAGAAACAGCUCACGCCCGUAUACAGUAUCGCCCACAUCUCUAUACCUGUGAAACCUGCGCCGUUACUGGCUUUUCUGGCGGUUUGAACUACUCCCGAAGUAUUCCUUUGGUCAAGAUUGCACCUCAACAAUACCCUGGAAUGUCGGCGUUGAAGUCGCGGUUGUUCAAACAACUAAAGGAAUCUCAAGAUGGACUCUGUCAGCAUGCCUCAACUCAACUUGACUCUAUUAUAUCGUCUUUACCAUCAGACAAAUGCGGUUGUUUCCCAAGGUGCGGUCCACCUGCCCUUCGCUCCCUGCCCAAGACCGGGGCUAACUAUCGGUGUGGCCACCACGGUUACAAUUGUCGACUAUGCGGCGCACGUUACUGUUGGUACCACUUGAACGGUUAUAUUACCCUCGGAGUUCAAAUCCGGUUAGCCAACAACAGUCUAUACGGCAUGGACUACACUAUGGGCUGGAUCUCUAACAUCAAAUUUGAUCCCGAUAACCACCCUGUCCAUCUAAUAUGGAACGAAAGCUCGAAAGGUGUUCUGUGGUGCAGCGAUCCGUCAUGUGGCACCGGAUCAGGCAAUCGUUGGCUAUUGAUGGUCGAGAUACUGAAAAGGGCUUUGGUCCGCCGUCAAAGUCAGGGAUACCCCGGGCUUCCCCCACGGGACUAUUCUUGGGCCGCCAAGUUGCCUUACACACUGGAAUAUCAAGUGUUCCAGAAUGCGGCAGACUGGAUGACGGAACCAGACAUGCUAAGCAAGGACCUAAAUUCCCCUAUGGCUAUUGAAUUUCGUCCUGUACCUAUUCGCCAGGGCUGA